CCAGCACUCAAUCUUCCCUCGACAACCCAUCCAUCUCAGUGCCCAACGACAAAAUGACGAAGCCCGUUGUCAAGUCAACUGUCCCUACCCAGGACCAGGUCCUCGUCCCCGAGACUCUGUUGAAGAAGAGAAAGAGCCAGGAGAAGGCCAGAGAGCAGCGCAACGCUGACAUCGAAAAGAGAAAGAAGGCCAACAAGGAGAAGCGUGGUGUCAUCUUCAAGCGUGCUGAGCAGUACGUCAAGGAGUACCGUGAUGCCGAGCGCGAGAAGGUCAGACUCGCUCGUCUGAGCAAGCAGAAGGGCAACUUCUUCGUUGAGGAGCAAGCCAAGCUUGUCUUCGUUGUGAGAAUCAAGGGUAUCAACAAGAUUGCCCCCAAGCCGCGCAAGAUUCUCCAACUUCUCCGCCUUCUCCAGAUCAACAACGGUGUCUUCAUCAAGUUGACCAAGGCUACUCAAGAGAUGUUGACCAUCGUCAACCCAUACAUUGCUUACGGCUACCCCAACCUCAAGACCGUCCGAGAGCUCAUCUACAAGCGCGGAUACGGAAAGAUCGACAAGCAACGCAUUGCCCUGACCGACAACCAGCUCAUCGAGGACAACCUCGGCAAGUACGGCAUCGUCUGCAUGGAAGACUUGAUCCAUGAGAUCUUCACCGUCGGACCAAACUUCAAGCAGGCCAGCAACUUCUUGUGGCCAUUCAAGCUGUCCAACCCCAACGGCGGCUUCCGUGCAAGAAAAUUCAAGCACUACAUCGAGGGUGGUGACCUUGGUAACCGAGAGGAGAACAUCAAUGCUCUUAUCAGACAGAUGAACUAGGGGAAUGCCAGGUGCCCGGGAUGAAUGAUUGCGGAAUGUCUUUUUUUACGCAGACUAGAUUGCAAGUGUGUGCCAUGCAUGGGUGGCCUGCAACAUGUCAACAUGGGGGACGGGCGCUAGUUGUGCUCUCAAGCGAUCGAAUGACUGAAAAGUGAUUCCAAUACCAAUGAAAUAAAAUUUUUGACCAAUCUC